AUGGCGGCCACUCAGGUUGCUCGCAACAACAGCUUCAACGGGUUCGACGAGUUUGUCAACCUCCCCUCCUCGCCCGCCCUCACUCCCCGCCUGCAGCCGACCAAGCCCGCCCAGAUGGCGGCCAACGCCACCAACGGGGGUCCGUCCAGCUCUACCGCCGCUGCCAACACCGGCGCCGCCUCUGCGUCCGCUUCCACGCCCGCGAUCAACAUGCGCACGGUCGGACUCGACGAGAACCAGCCUCCGCCGCCUCCUGGCUCGUCUCCCGAAGCCCUCUUCCGCUAUUACCUUGCCGCCGAGCUGAGAAAGGCGGGCACUCGCCCCGACGAGGCCCUGCUCGAUCGCUACGUCAAGAACCAUUUUGACAGUCUCUUCAAGAACAAGCAGCCCGCCACUGCGUCGGCGUCCACCUCCAACGCAGUCCCCAAACCCGCACCCACCCCUCGGGCGAUCUCGGUCAAGCCUUCCUCGUCGUCGUCGGCGCCUGAGCCCAUCGCUCUGCAGCGCCUUCCCGUGCCUCGGAAGUCGCCCGCGGUCCCCACACCGGCUGUUACCCCUCGUUCCGCCCCCGAGGCGGGCCCCUCAAGCCAGCCUGCCCCUGUCGCUCGAGACCGGGCCGAUUCGCCACCGGAACUUCAGGCGCCCGACUCCCCCUCGGCUUCGGCCAAGAGCUUCUCGCCGCUGUCCACGCCGCCCGCGCUCGCCGCGGUCGACGAGAUCGAGGAGCUCGACUUCACCAAGGGCUUCAAGCAGAGCGAAGCGACGUUCGAUGGCGCAGCCCUGGACUCGUUUGGCUUUGUCGACGGCUCGGAUCUCGGCAGCCGUGCGUUCCGCGCUUCGGCCUUCAACCGAGAAGCCGACGAGCCGUUCUCGAUUGACCCGCACAUGAUGCAGAUGGACACCGCCUCGUCGCUGGAGCUUCUUGGCAGCACCAGCAAGGGCGCUCCCGUUGCGGCCGCGCCGCAGUGCGAUGUCAGCGCCAUGUCUGAAGACGGCCUGUCGGAUCUCGAGGAAGAGGACAGCAAAGAGAAGCUUGCCGGUCUGCUUGAGCACCACAAGCAGCAACAACAGCUCGGCUUCUACGGAUCCCAGGCCAGCGGUUCCAACGCAGGCGACAGCCGCGACUCGACGCCGGCCACCGGCUCUGGCAGCACGCCCUCGGCCAUGUCCAGGGUCGCUGCGUUCCCCAACGACGCCAAGCCGGACCCCGAGGAGUACAAGAAGCUGAGCAGCAAGGAAAAGCGGCAGCUGCGCAACAAGAUCUCGGCGCGCAACUUCCGCACCCGCAGGAAGGAGUACAUCACUCACCUCGAGGAACAGGUGGCCGACCGUGAUUCCAUCAUCGAAGGCCUGCGCCAGCAGCUUUCGCAGGUGACGAUGGAAAAGGCGUCGCUGCAGGAAGAGGUCCGCACGCUCAAGGCGAGGACCAUUUCGCAGAACGACGUCGGCAAGAUUCUCGAGGCGCUGCAGAAGAACCUCUCGCCCGGCAACAGCACCUUGACCGUGGCGCCGCCGCAGCAGCCAGCCGCUCAGGCCGGGUUCGACAGCGCCACCAACGCUGGCUCCGGCACGCCGCUGACGCCGAGCGCCUUUUUCAGCUUCGCAGACGGCUCGCGUCCCUCGACGCCCACCAGCAUCGCCUCGUUCGGCAGCGCCAGCGCCGGCGCCGCCGCUAACUGCGUGCCUGGAUCGCCCCGUGCGUCGUCGCCACGACCCUCGCUGCUGCGCCGGUCGUCGCCCUCGCUCAUCGCCCAGCCCAACACCAAGAAGGACGUUGGACCGCAGUCGAGCUUCUGGGGCGGCGUCGGUGGCGCCGCCGGCCAGAGCUUCACCCCGGUCUGCUGA